AUGGCGAGAAUGCCUGGCAGCGGCGGCGGAGAGUGGAGCGGAGGGGGAGGCGGAGGCGGCGGGAACAAUGCGGGGGACCGGACGCCCGGACGCGGCGUUGCCCCCCGCCCGCACCGCUACUGCAGCGCCGGCGAGGAGGAGGAGGGCGAGGAGGAGGAUGAGAUCCAGGAGGUGCAGAUAACGGGGGACGAGGAGGAGGAGGAGGACGGAGCCGAUGGGGGGCUACUGCUGGACGAGGAGGAGGAGGAGGAGGAGGAAGAGGAGAUGGGUCUGGAGUGGGACGGCGAGGAGGAGACAGAGCCGCUGCCGUCCGCCCCGGGCCGUACUCCGGGCGGCGGCAGCAGCGGCGGCGGCCGCGGCGUCGGGGCGGCCCCGGGGGGCGCCGCGGCGGCUGCCCCGGGGGGUGGCGGCACCGGUGGCCCCGGGGGGGCGGCGGAGGACGCGGAGCUGGAGGCGGCCCUGCUGCUGCAGCGGCCGGAGCGGGCGCGGCUGAGCGAGAACACGCGGCUGGCCACCCGCUACGCCGUGCGCAUCUUCCGCGAGUACCUGAGCGAGAAGGCGCAGAGCCCCGACUUCGAGACGAUGGACAAGGGAGCGCUCUGCCGCGUCCUGCGCUCCUUCUACGCCGAGGCGCGCUCCAAGAGCGGGCAGCUCUACUCCAAGUCCUCCCUCAUCAGCAUCCGCAGCUCUCUCAAUCGCUACCUCAACGAGCCACCCUACUGCCGCACCCUCGACCUCACCAAGGACCCCGAGCUCCGCGCUGCCAACCUCACCCUGGCCGCUGUCAUCCGCAAGCUGGAGGAGCAGGGAGCCGGGCCGGUGGUGCAGAAGCAGGCCAUCACCCGCGCCGACCUCCGCAAGCUCUACACCUGCAGCGUCUUCAGCACCCAGAGCCCCUUUGGGCUCCUCAACAAGGUCUGGUUUGAGACCUGCAUGUACUUCUGCACCCGGGGCCGGGAGAACCAGCGGGAGCUGGAGGAGGACUCCUUUGGGCUGGCCGUGGAUGAGGACGGACGCAAGUUCGUCUACUUCAAGGCACUGGGGCCCUACCACAAGUCACGCUCGUCCUCCUGGAGCAAGAAGCGGGCGGAGAGCAGUGACGAGGAGAACCUGCCCCGCAUGUAUGAAACUGGCACAGAGUUCUGCCCCUAUGCCAGCUUUGUCAAGUACCUCUCCAAGCGCAACCCCCUCUGCAAGGCCUUCUUCCAGCGCCCACGGGACCACUGCAGUGAGGGUGACAUCACCUGGUACGAGAACAAGGCCAUCGGCAAGAACCUUCUGGGCACCCGCAUGCAGAUGCUCUCGAAGGCAGCCAAACUCUCCAAGACUUACACCAACCAUUGCAUCGGUGCUGUCUCCAUUGCCACCCUCAACAGCAUCGCCGGCAUCGGCACCAAGCUGGGGGGCCCGCAGCCACCACACCACCACCCUCCUCCUCCCCACCACCACCUCCUCCACCACCCCGCUGGCGGGGGCUGCUACACCCCUGCUGCCCUCAACGGUGGGCCACGGCCCCGGCCACCCACUGCCAACCCCUACGUGCUGCCCAAAGAUGGUGAUGCUGCACCGGUGAAGGCAGAAGCAGCCACGGUGGCCCCAGCCAAGCGGGCCCUCUACGAGGCAGUGUUCCCAGCAGGGGCCGCAGCUGGUGGCGAUGCCUGUGGGCCCUCUGCCUCCCCCAAAAGACUCUGCCGCCGCCCCGCUGAGCCCCUGGACGCUGCCGCGCCUGCCGUGGUGGUGGUCUCAGUGAAACAUGACCCCCUGCCUCACCUCCUCCCCGAAGCCAAUGGGCACAGAAGCACCACCUCACCCACAGUAGUUUCACCUGCUAUUGUUUCCCCCACACAGGUCCUGAUCAGCUCUGAUGAAAUCCCAGCAAGGCUCAUUUUACCAAGGAAAUGCAACCACAGUCUCCCCAGCAGCCGCAGCACUGAGCAGGUGUACGUGCUCAGCAGCGCUGGCAUCUUGAGGAGGAGGAGGCUGUGAGCAGCCACCGUGCAGGAUAUGGAGCCAAAGGACCCUCGUUUGGAGGAGCUGGAUUGGUGCUCCACCAGUGCCUCUGGGACAAGGAGGAUGUAGCAGUGAAAAUUGUCUUGUCAGACCCAGUGGCACCAGUACAGUCCAGCCGUCUCCUCAGAGAGCUACUGGCCAUCGGUGUAAGGGUGAAGAUGCAGAAGACAGGGCAUGGAUGUGCUCACAUGUAAAGACUUUUUGUCAAAGAUCUGGGCAACUUCUUUGUGCUUCUGGGCUCUUUAGAGCAAAGAUGAAGAUGGCAUGUGCUGGCAUGCCUUAAGAGACCAAAAUGUGCACAUGGUUGUCUUUGACCACCUUGCAGGACUCUGUCUGAUGGGCCAGCAUAACUCAGUGUCAUCUAUGGAUGCAGCAUAUCAUGGCCAUAGCCAGAGGAUUCAGUGUGAGGAUAUCACUAGCCCAAAGAGGUGCUCAGGGUGGAACUUUCCCCUUCCAGCAGAACAAGCACAUGGGCUUCCUGGGCACAUAGCUCUCUAUCUCUGCAUGCUUGCUACACCUUCCAGAAGUGCUGUUUGUGCUGUACUGAUAUUGUUUAUGUGGAAUAAAUGCUUUC